AUGAAGGCUUUUUGGAUCAUACUCUCCAUCCUCGUUGGUAUUGGAUCGAUUCUUGUCUUCCGCGACAACUUGCCAGCAGCACUUCAGCCCUACAUCAGCGCACUCGCCAACAACAUUUUGCAAACAGACGCACCUCUGAACAGCACAGCCGUGAACAAUCCAGGCGCGCAGCAACAAGCAAAAGCACAAACACAAGCCAUCCUCGGCAGCACAGCUCCGCAAGUCAUUACCGACAUGUCUGCCGCCGUCUCGCGCACGAUCCGCAAGGUCUUUCUGGCCGUCGAGCAGGCCGAGGGUGCGGGCGCGCGGGUGCGCCGCUCGAUUGGCACGCCGUCGCUGCGCAACCUGUCGCCCUUUCUGAUGCUGGACCACUUCACGAUCAAGCCGGGUUCGGGCUUCCCGGAUCACCCCCACCGCGGCCAGGAGACGAUCACGUACCUGCUCGAGGGCGCGGUCGACCACGAGGACUUUGCCGGCAAUGCCGGCACGAUUGAGGCCGGCGACCUGCAGUUCAUGACGGCCGGCCGCGGCAUCCUCCACGCCGAGAUGCCGCACCAGAACGCGGACGGGUCGGCCAACGUCGGGCUGCAGCUGUGGGUCGACCUGCCGCGGCAGCUGAAGAACUGCGAGCCGCGCUACCGUGACCUGCGAGCAGCCGAGAUUCCCAGCGUCGACGCCGACGACGGCCGCGUUCACAUCAAGGUCAUCUCGGGCCAAAGCCACGGCGUUGACAGCGUCAAGGACCUCGCCUACACGCCCGUCUGGAUCCUCGACAUCACCGUGAAGCCCGGCGGCCGCGUCGUCCAGCCCGUUCCCGCCGGCUGGACCGCCUUUGCCUACACGCUCGAUGGCGACGUGCGCUUCGCCAACGGCAGCGCCAAGGACAGCGGCGACGAGAACCCCUCCACGCUCGUCCACGCCUUCCACAACAUCGUCUUCGCCCCGGAUGGCGAUGCUGUCACCGCUUCUGUCGAUGCGGCCGCCACCAAGAGCGCUCGCUUCGUGCUCGUGGCCGGUACCCCCCUCGACCAGCCGGUCGUCCAGUACGGCCCGUUUGUCGUCACCAACAAGGACGAGGUCUACCAGGCCCUUAUGGACUACCAGAGCUUCUCCAACGGCUUUGAACGUGCCAAGGGCUGGAAGAGCGAGAUCGGCAAGACGAUGGUGGAGUAA